GAAGGCAGGAUGAGGCCUUCAGAAGGCGCCUGUUGUUUCCUCCUCCUGUUGCUGGUGGCUGAAUUGCUGCCUGGGUCCUCCUGUGCUGACAAUCCCCGCUAUGAGAACUUCCUGAACCAGCACCGGGACGAUCCCAAGAGCAGCUUCCACGGCCGGUACUGUGACAGCCUGAUGAGCCGCCGCGGCCUCACCAGACCCCUGUGCAAGGAACUGAACACCUUCAUCCAUGGCUCCAAGAGGCAGAUCCGGGCAGUGUGUGGCCAAGGAGGGGUUCCCGACGGGCAGCUGCGACGUAGCCUGCAGCCCUUCAGGGUCACCAGCUGCACCCUCAAGGGCGGCUCAACCCGCCCGCCGUGCGAAUACAAAGAGAACACCUCGCCCAGGUACAUCGUCAUUGGCUGUGAAGAUGGCUGGCCUGUCCACUAUGACGAGAGCAGGAUAGUGACCACUGUCUGAAGCCCAGGAGAAGACAUGUGAGGCUUAAGCCGACGGUACGGCCUCCUUGAG